AUGAACGAUUACAGCCCUCGCCUUCACGUCAUCUACGCAGGUCGCGGCGAUGCCAUGUACAUAGAAUGGACCGAUAAAACCAAAAAAAAACAUCUUGUCCUGCUUGAUGGAGGGCCUUUGUUAUACGAGGCUGUCCCAAGGAGAAUAGAUGGAGUCAAAAGGCCUGGUGGGAAUGCCGCUCCCUACAGCAAGUAUCUUUUCGCAGCUGGGCAGCGUAUAUGGAACACUCGCUUCUCUGACAAGGACAAAUUUGAACCGAGUGUUAUUAUCAACUCACACCCACACGAUGACCACCUCGAAGGACUUUUGGAAUUUCUUAGGUUUGCUGUUCUUCAAAGGAAGAAAGACUUCGCCUUCAAGGGACAGUUUUACCAACCAUACUGUGAGGAGUCUCGUAGCCUCGAGAAUACUCGGAACCUGUUGGUCAAACUUUUUAAGUGGGCUGAGGGUACAGGCUUUGAUUAUAAGGGCAUCCAGGUUGACUAUCCUACCGCAAAGUCAAUUCUGAAAUGGGAUGCCAAACCCAGUCUCGGUGACCUAUCCUACGAUCCAGAUAGAUCUCCUGUGAACUUGGAGAGUAUCUUGAUGAGAACCCUUCCGAAAGAAAUGCAAGUAGAAGGAACAAUGUAUUUCACUGGGGACAGUGUUGGAUGGAGGAUCAUGAAACAGAAACCUCCAACGAAGCUUUCCAUUUACAAGGUCCAGCACCACGGUAGUAUGGUCAAUACCCAGAUUCAGCAAAAGGCCAACAGAAUUAAAUUCAAAGUUGGCUAUGAGGCAACGGUAAGAGACUGGUUUCGAUGUUUUGCCGACUCCAGUCCCAGGUACAAAUGGGAUCUCAAGGGAAAAGGACCAAGCAAGAUCAUGGAGAUUCUUCAGGAAGAAUUCCCGGACUUCGGAGACGCAGAUACGCGGAAAACUUACUUGAAUAAUCUGGAAAUUCGUCACAGGACGUACGUUACAAUGUGCAUUGAGGACAAGGUUACCAGCCCAAUGGCAGAAAUUACGAAGCCAGAGCUUCUACCCAAGCCAUCAGCAGUAUAUACGGCCGUGGUGCUUGCAGUCAGCAAGAUCUCAGAUACAGACCCGGCGUAUGGCACGUUUUAUGGCAAAAAUGACCAGCCGUCGGAAUGGUGGCAGGAAACCAAGGCCUACAUGGCGCGCGAAAAGGACUAUCUACGAUACAUGGCUGUUGUCCAUAUCAAGAAGUUCUUUUCAAGUUUCGUCGCCGACGCCUAUGUCAUCAGCGCGAACCAUCACAACAACCAUCCGGCCCCGGAAACCAUUCUAGGUCUGGCCCUGGCCAAUAAAGAUCAAGUUGAUGCCAAGAUCAGGACAACGGGCGGCAUACUCUACGUGACUGAUGGAUCAGCCAUAGACUUGCCAGCUUUGCAAGAACUGGCCACAGAAAUGAAGGUCGACUGGCUUACUCUGAUGUCCGGCUCACUGACCAUCAGAGUCUUGAAGACCAGGUGCUUCAUGAGCUUAAACGCCAGCGACGUUGUGAGUUCUCCGAAUCGAGAUACGGAUGGUGCCACGGAGGAAAUCUCUCUUGACGCUGGGAAAAUAGCCGAGGGGAAAGCGUUCCGUGCGGAUAUUGAAGCAGACACAUCCCACCUGGGUAUUCGAGACCUUGGGCCCGUCUUCUGCAGCAUUGUAACCACCGGAAUCACCAAGGAGCUGUAUUUGACUAUCGCAGCAGACCCUCCAAGUUUACAGGCACCGACCUCCAACGUAAUCCCACCAAACCUUUUUGUCGAAUACUAUUGGAUCAGUCAAGGCACGACGAGCGUGAGAGAUGAAGAAGAGGUCUAUCACUUGGUCAUCAAACAGUGGCUGGUCGACAAGUGGGAAAAGAUGGAUUUCUGGAUGGACAGCGUCACGGCAGAAUUUGACAAGACCACCAAAACCUUGCUGUACUGGAAAGAGGGGGAUAAGAAGAAGGCCUUUUACGUCAAGCCAUCAGCAGCAGGCGACACGAUAGAAAUCCAGGAUUGCCAAAGUGCACCGCCAUCGGGUUACGGCCAUGUCUUUUUCAACAUUCGGUUGGACUCAGACAAACAGCCUGUCCUGUCACCCAUCCCCAAAUUGCCACAUGGGCCUCAGAGUUUCAGGUCGUUUUGCAGCUCAUCACUGCUCGACCCUACUACUAUCUCAACUGCAAGCAAGGCCAUUGAGGUGUUGACGAGCAGUGAAAUCGUGAUGGCCCUGGACCUGCAUAAUAACUUCGAGACUGCAGUGCUCAACUAUCAAAUCGACCUUGACAAGUCGGUCGUUGAGUAUGAUUUUGAUGAAGUCAGUGUUGAAGUCCAAUCAGCAAGCAUCAUCUUCUUAAUCCCAGACAAUGCCACCAUCCAGCUUGGAUCCGAGACCUUUCUUGUCAAGGAGGUUACAUUUGACCUAUCUUAA